UGGCGCUUUAGGGGGCAGGUUAAGGCGACUGCAGCCGCCCCCUUCUACUCCACCCCCAAGAAAGUGCUCAAAUUUCCGGACCCUUCUGCUAGCCCCUCCCCGACCUGGACCGAGAGCUCCUCGGAGCGCAAAGCCCCUCUCCUUUCCCUCCCCGACUCUCAGCCGGGGGGAUCCCCGCCAGCUCCUCCCCGCCCCCUCCGUCCUCCUCGCGCCCCCUCCGCCCCCCACCCCCCCCGGUCUCUCCGCCGGCGGCCUCAGGAGAAACCUCGGCGGCGCGGCGGGCGGGCGCUGGGGGGAUUCGGUGGAAGUCGGGGCGCCCGGGGGUGGGGAAGGGGACGAUGGCUUCCUCGUCCGGCAACGACGACGACCUCACGAUCCCCCGAGCUGCCAUCAAUAAGAUGAUCAAAGAGACGCUCCCGAACGUGCGGGUGGCCAACGACGCGCGCGAGCUGGUGGUGAACUGCUGCACCGAGUUCAUCCAUCUCAUCUCGUCCGAGGCCAACGAGAUCUGCAACAAAUCGGAGAAGAAGACCAUCUCGCCCGAGCACGUCAUACAAGCACUAGAAAGUUUGGGCUUUGGCUCCUACAUCAGUGAAGUAAAAGAAGUUUUACAAGAAUGCAAGACGGUAGCAUUAAAAAGAAGAAAGGCAAGUUCUCGUUUGGAAAACCUUGGCAUUCCUGAGGAAGAGUUAUUGAGACAACAACAGGAAUUAUUUGCAAAAGCUAGACAACAGCAAGCAGAAUUGGCCCAACAGGAAUGGCUUCAAAUGCAGCAGGCUGCCCAACAAGCCCAGCUUGCUGCUGCCUCAGCCAGUGCAUCCAACCAAGCAGGAUCUUCUCAGGAUGAAGAAGAUGAUGAUGAUAUCUGAUAUUCACCAGCUGAGUUCCUAUUUCCUCUAUUUUUUUCCUUGCACAAGAAAACAGUGAAAGAAAUGCUUAUCUGUAAUUUUGUAUGCAUCUUGGUGGACUUGCCAUUGGUAUUCUAGGGAUGUCUGCUGUUAAGUUCAUCUAUUGUGUGCUGUUCAUGUAAAAAUGGUCUCUUUGAACUACUGAAAAUUUAAGAUUCAGUAUAAUACCAAUUUUGGAUUUUUAAUGGUGUUUAUGAAAUUUUAGAUAGCAGUGAAUUCUUUAUUUGAUCAAUAAACAGUGUUACAGAAAACUUCAAGUUUAUAAAAAUAGAAAAAUUUAUACAGAAACUCUAAAUCUGCACUUGCAUUUCCUCUACCCUUUUAACUGACCUAAGAAUUGGGAAUUUUAAAUUACUGGGGGAGGUGGGGUAUCAUAUGAUGCAGUAGUCAUUAGAUUGGGUUGGCAAAAAAAGAAGAGUUUGGUUCUGAGUAUCUGAAUUUUUUUUGUGUUUUAAAAUGAGUAUAGCUUUAGAAAAAUAUAUAUGCUCAGAUAUACUUAUUUAAAAAGUAUGAGAACAAGACAUUCAAAAACUAAUUUGGAGUAUGUUCAUAGUAGUUACAUAAGUUUGGUGGGUUUCUCAUUUUAUUUUUAUUUUAUGUAGAGGUGAAAACUACAGUUUUAUUAUGGCAUAAUUCAUCAAGCAACAUUAUUUCAUUUCAAAGACGGCCCAAUUUUGAGGAUUGUCGUGAUUCUUACUGUUUCACUCCAUUAAUUGUUAAUAGUAUUACUUGCUUAGUCCACCCAUGUGUUUUUGAACUUGUGAAACAAUUGUUCAGGGUUCUGUUGGUUUGAACUAAGGUUUAUGAAUAUUAAGACCUUUGCUGGAGAAAGAAAUGGAAAUAGUUAAUAAGCAUGCUUGUUAGAAAGAAUUUUUGUAAUUUAACUUGUAGUUGUAGUUUACUUAGUGGGGUUUUUGUUUUUGUUUUGCAUUUUACAUUUUCUUGACUAGAUUGCCCAGAGGUCCAAUGCUUCCUUUUGAAAUGGCAUUAUUGUCUCUAUCUCAAUUGAGUAAUAGCUUUAAAAGUGAUUAGUUUUGUUUAAGAAACGUGUCAUAACUGAUCAGCCUCAUAUGAAACAUAGUUUCAACUUGCUCAUUAAAAGGGAGAAGCUUUAAUUUGGUUCUAGUAAAUAAAGUUUGAUAGUGAUUUUUAUAGGAAUCCAGUGUGUUGAUGACAUAUUAUUUUUAUUUUGAAAAUAGAAUGGAAAAGCUACUUGCAGUAAUCCAAAUUCCUGUUAGUUGCCAAAUCAUUUAAAUUUCUAUAUUCACCAAGCCCAAGGAUAGAUUGACUGCCAGAAUUCCAGUUUUAAUUGAGGGCUAAGUAAGUAAAGCUUAUAAAUACUAGAUUUAUUAAUGAUGAUAUUUUUCAGUUUUAGAAAAAGCAAAAUAUUGUCAUAUAUUUAUAAAUUACACUUUUCCCAUGCCAUGAAAAGUUCAUCUUGCUGAACAUUUUCAGUUUCUAUGUUUUAAGUUGAAAUUGAUACUGUGUUCAUACAGUGAGUUUGGAUAAGAUAAAAGAGAUUUUUUUUAAAAGUACCAAAGGUAGUCUAGUUGAAGAAAUGAUAAAUUAAUAAGUAUUGGAUUUUCUAAUUUGUACUGUAACAUCUUAUACUUUCUAUAGUAAGUUUAUCUGUUUCUUAAGUAAAUAAUUUAGAUAUUUUUUCACACUUUUUUUUCUGAUGCAGAGUUCAGGUUAAUUAAUAUUUUACUGCAUCUGAUGUAUUACAUGUUCAAAAGCCAGUGACUUCUCAUUUUGACAUUCUUGUGAUUUCAUAUGCUGUAUUCUUCAAGCAAUAAAAUUCUGAUGUUUUAUAAA